AUGACCCUGCUUUCACUUCAGGGUUCUCUUCAUGGAACUUCAAUUGACCAUGGAUGCCACCAUCCCCCUCAGUGCCACUCCCCCUCAGUGCCCCCUCACCCCUCAGUGCACCCUCCCCUCCCUCCCCCUCAGUCCUCCUCCCCUCAGUGCCUUCUCCCCCUCAGUGCCACCAUCCCUCUCAGUGCCACACCUCCCCCUCAGUGCCACCCCCCUCAGGCCACCCCCCUCAGUCCAGGCUCCCCUCAGUGCCAGGCUCCCCUUCAGUGCCACAUCCCUCAGUGCCCCUCCCCUCAGUGCACCAUCCUCUCAGUGCACACUCCCCCUCAGUGCCACCUCCCCUCUGCCACCCUCAGUGCCACCUCCCCUCAGUGCACCUCCCCUCAUGGCCACCCCCCUCAGUCCACCCUCUCCCCCUCAGUCACCUUCCCCUCAGUGCCACCUUCCCUCAGUGUCACUUCCCCUCAGUGCCACCCUCCCCCUCAGUGCCACCCUCCCCUCAGUGCCACCUCCCCCUCAGUGCCACCUUUCCCUUCAGUGCCCCCUCCCCUCAGUGCCACUCAUCCCUCAGUGCACCCUCUCCCCUCAGUGCCCACACCUCCCCCUCAGUGCACCAUUCCCUCAGUGCCACCUCCCUCAGUGCCAGGCUCCCCUCAGUGCAGGCUCCCCUCAGUGCCUUUCCCCCCUAGUGCACCCCCCCUCAGUGCCUUGUCCUCCCCUCAGUGCCCCUCCCUCAAGUGCCACCUUCCCCUCAGUGCCAACCUCCCCUCCAGUGCACCCCCCUCAGGCCACCCUCCCCUCAGUGCCACAUCCCCCAGUGCCACCCUCCCUCUCCCCCUCAGUGCCACCUUCCCCCUCGGUGCCACCCUCCCCCUCAGUGCUCAUCCCCCUCAGUGCCACCCUCCCCCUCAGUGCCACCCUCCCCUCAGUGCCCCACCUCAUCCCCCUCCCCCUCAGUGCCACCCUCCCCCUCAGUGCCACCCUCCCCACGGUGCCACCCCCCCUCAGUGCCACCCUCCCCCUCAGUGCCACCCCCCCGUGCUCAGCACCCCCCCAGUUGCACUCCCCCCUCAGUGCCACCUCCCGUGCCAACCCCUCGGCCCUCGACAAAGAGGCACUCAUCUUCACCGGAUGGAAAGUAGAAAGCCAAUGAAAGCAAAUUCGGUAAAUGCAAAUACAGAUUUUAUGGAAGUAUGUAGACCUUGUUCGUUGGCAGGGCUGGACGUCUGGAAUUUCCACCUGCGGUCACAAGAGAUCACCACCGUGUACAACUUCCGUGGACAUUGCAAUGAACUCCAAUCCCUUAAUUGCUGGUUCGUGCAGGCUACCAGUUCGCUCAAUAUGGAACAGCUGUCCAGUUUCCAAGGUCAUUUCAACCAGUCCAUAGAUCAGCACGUGAGGUCAGGUGCAAAGAAGUGA